AGUGAUCUGGUUUUUGUCCAUUGGGGCCAGGCUUUCAAUGAAAUUACUUAAAGCUUAGAAUCAUUUCAGUACAUUUGUCAACUCCAAAAUCACAUUUCAGGAAUGGAUGUGCUCACUCAUGCGACCCGCCUAAAAUGUAUGCCCCUCCACAAGACGGUUUACUGUCUGAAUGUGGAGACUGAGACUCCCCUGCUCAGAUAAUUCAGAAAAGGAUUAGGUAGAAACUAUUGGCUUCACAACUGAUCCCCAAGCUCCCCAGGGCUUGCCCUUCAUCUCUCUUGUACCCACCUGUCACCUGCUGGGUCGGGCACCCCAGAGACUAGCAGGUUGGCCUGGCCACCCGGAAACGCCAGGUCUGAUGAUGCAGGGAAUUAAGAUCCAAACUGACACCCGACAGAGAAUGGAGAAUGCGGGACAGAGGUUGUUGCGGCGGACAAAAGGGACCCUGGGUCUGGCUAGGUUUUGCUGGGGGCCAGGUCUAAGCUUUAUGAGAUGCCAGAGGAGGGCAGCGAUGCCGGGCUCUAGGGGCCAGUUGGAGGGCUCAGUCAGGCCCACGCUUGGGUGGGGAGGCCCGGCGAGCCGGUCCGUGGAGGGCCUCGAACACCCAGCUAACAGCCCAUACUAGACUGCCUCUGGUAGACUGGGUGUAGGAAACAGGUUUUCUGUGAUGUUUAUCCAUGACAAGCCAUCUGUCCACACGCCUCGAUGAGUCAUACACCGCCUGCGGCGGCACCUAGUCCAACUAAGGCUCUACCGGGGCGCUGCGACCGGACCCUCCUCUGACCGCCGCGCGCGACGUCGCGGGUCUAAAGGCGCCUCUCAGAACCCAACAGCCGCCUCGCCCACGGCCUGACCCCGCCCCCUUCCCCGGGCCCGCCCGCCCCCUGGGGGGCGGAGACGUCGGAGCUGUGAGCAGAGCCGAGAGAAGAGCGCAGUGGCGCUCGGCGUCGGCACGCCCGGCCCUCCAGCGCAAGGACCUCUGAGAGCUGAGCGCGAAGGCUGCACAGGCGAGUUCCGCAGGGCUAGUGUAGCACGGUGCCCGGGUUCUCGCGUUUGGCCGAGCGAUGUGCCCGGGUGUCAGGGCGCGGGAACCUGGGCUCAGGUGAAGCUCUGGGAAAGGACAGCGAGGCGGCGACGAGAUGGAAGCGGAGGAGCCCUGCGCCCCCGGCGCUCCCGGUGACCGCGGUACCCAGAGAGACCAGCGCGCACCCAGCCCAGAGCCGCGCCUGUCUAGCCAGCUGCUACCGGAGCUGUACACCUUUGCGGCGCGAGUGCUUUUCUACCUGGCUCCCGUCUACCUAGCCGGCUACGUGGGGCUCAGCAUAACCUGGCUGCUGCUCGGCGCUCUGCUGUGGAUGUGGUGGCGCAGGAACCGCCGCGGGAAGCUUGGGCGUCUGGCGGCCGCCUUCGAAUUCCUGGACAACGAACGCCAGUUCAUUAGCCGCGAGCUGAGGGACCAGCACCUGCCGGCCUGGAUCCACUUCCCGGAUGUGGAGCGGGUCGAGUGGGCCAACAAGAUCAUCUCUCAGACCUGGCCCUACCUGAGCAUGAUCAUGGAAAACAAGUUCCGGGAGAAACUCGAGCCCAAGAUCCGGGAGAAGAGCAUCCACUUAAGAACCUUCACCUUCACCAAGCUCUACUUCGGACAAAAGUGCCCCCGGGUCAACGGCGUCAAGGCACACACUAACCAGUGCAACCGGAGACGGGUAGUCCUGGACCUGCAGAUAUGCUACAUCGGGGACUGUGAGAUCAGUGCAGAGCUGCAGAAGAUACAGGCUGGUGUGAAUGGGAUUCAGUUGCAGGGCACGCUGCGGGUCAUCUUGGAGCCCCUCCUGGUGGACAAGCCCUUCGUGGGAGCUGUGACCGUGUUCUUCCUUCAAAAGCCGCAUCUGCAGAUCAACUGGACAGGCCUGACCAACCUGCUGGAUGCACCAGGAAUCAAUGAGGUGUCAGACAGCCUGCUGGAGGAACUCAUUGCUGCCCACCUGGUGCUGCCCAAUCGUGUUACUGUGCCUGUGAAGAAGGGGCUGGACGUGACCAACCUGCUCUUCCCUCUGCCCUGUGGAGUGAUCAGAGUCCAUUUGCUGGAGGCCGAGAUGCUGGCUCAGAAGGACAGCUUCCUAGGGAUCCGAGGCAAGUCAGACCCCUACGCCAAGGUGAGCAUUGGCCUACAGCAUUUCCGGAGUAGGACCAUCUACAAGAACCUGAACCCCACCUGGAAUGAGGUAUUUGAGUUUAUAGUGUAUGAAGUCCCUGGGCAGGACCUGGAGGUAGACCUGUAUGAUGAAGAUCCCGACAGGGAUGACUUCCUGGGCAGCUUGCAGAUCUGCCUUGGGGAUGUCAUGACGAACAGAGUGGUGGAUGAGUGGUUUGUCCUGAACGACACAACCAGUGGGCGGCUGCACCUGCGGCUGGAGUGGCUUUCACUGAUUGCCAACCCAGAAGCUCUGAUUGAAGACCAAGGUGGCCUUUCAACUGCCAUCCUUGUGGUCUUCUUGGAGAGUGCCUGCAACCUGCCGAGAAACCCUUUUGACUACCUGAAUGGUGAAUAUCGAGCCAAAAAACUCUCCAGGUUCACCAAGAACAAAGUCAGCAGAGACCCUUCUUCCUAUGUCAAGCUAUCUGUAGGCAAGAAGACACACAUGAGCAAGACUUGUCCCCACAGCAAGGACCCAGUGUGGAGCCAGGUGUUUUCCUUCUUUGUGUCCAAUGUGGCAGCUGAGGAGCUGCAUCUGAAGGUUCUUGAUGAUGACCAAGAGUAUGCUCUGGGAGUGCUGGAGAUUCCCCUGUGCCAGAUUCUACCCUAUACAGACCUCACCCUUGAGCAGCGCUUUCAGUUGGACCACUCAGGCCUGGACAGCCUCAUCUCCAUGAGGCUGGUGCUUCGGUUCCUGCGUGUGGAAGAACGAGAGAUGGGGAGCCCAUACACAGGACCUGAAGCCUUAAAGAAAGGUCCUCUGUUCAUUAAGAAGGUGGACACCAACCAGGAAUCUAAAGCCCCAUCCCAGGGAGAAUGCCCUGCAAAUUUGUCAUGCCCCCCAGAUCCUGCUUCUGAUACCAAAGAAACCUCCAAGAGCUCCAUGUCAGCCACCAGUGCCACUAUUGUUACCACUGAGCCCAUGCCCCAAGAGACAGGCUCAGAGCCCAAAGGCAAGGACCAUGCCAAAGGGUUCUGUGAGUCCUUGGGGAAGAAGAAGAGUUCGGGCACCAUCUUCCUGACUGUCCCAGGCUCCCACUCUCCAGGGCCCAUCAAGUCACCCAGACCUCUGAAAUGCCCUGCCUCCCCACUCGCAUGGCCGCCCAAGAGGGUGGCUCCCAGCAUGUCCUCGCUCAACUCCUUGGCCUCCUCCUGCUUUGACCUGACAGAUAUCAGCUUCAACAUUGAAGGUGGGGAUCUCAGGCAGUGGAGGCUGGGUGAGAUUCAGCUCACUGUGCGUUAUGUGUGUCUGCGGCGCUGCCUCAGUGUGCUCAUCAAUGGCUGCAGAAACCUGACACCCUGUACCAGCAGUGGAGCUGAUCCCUAUGUCCGUGUCUACUUGUUACCAGAAAGGAGGUGGGCAAGUCGUAAGAAGACCUCAGUAAAACGGAAGACCCUGGAGCCCCUGUUUGAUGAGACGUCAAAGAAGAAAUAAAAAAUAUCUUCAGACAAAUGGAAAAUACAACUUGCCAAAUUUGUGGAAUGCAGCAAAAGAAGUUCUAAGAGGAAAGUUCAUAGUAAUAAAUGCCUACAUCAGUAAACAAUAAAAAUCUCAAACAACCUCCAUUUAUAUCUCAAGGAACUAUAAAGAAUGAAGAAAGCCCAAAUUUAGCAGAAGAAAGGAAAUAAAAAUCAGAACAGAAAUAAACUAUAGAAAUAGAGACCAAGGGCCGCCUGGGUGGCUCAGUUGGUUAAGCAGCUGCCUUCGGCUCAGGUCAUGAUCCCAACGUCCUGCGAUCGAGUCCCACAUCGGGGCCCUUGCUUGGCGGGGAGCCUGCUUCUCCCUCUGCCUCUACUGCCACUCCGCCUGCCUGUGCUCUCUCACUCGCUCUCUCUCUGGCAAAUAAAUAAAAUCUUAAAAAAAAAAAAAAAAAAAAGAAAAGAAAAAAGAAAUGGAGACCAAGAAAAUAGAAAAGAUUAAUGAAACUAAAAUUUGGUUCUCUGGAAAGAUAAAACUUUCUUUAGUUUUCCAUCAUUAAGACUCAUCAAGAAAAAACACAAAAUCAGAAAUGAGACAUAAUACCACAGGAGUCUAAAGGAUCAUGAGACCACUCUGAACAAAAUUAUAUGCUAACAAGUUUGACAAGCUAGAAGAAAUGGGUAAAUUCUCAGAAACAUACAACCAAGACUGAAUAAUGAAUAGAAAACCUGAACAGACCAAUUAGUAAUAAGGAGACUGAAUCAGUAAUCAAAAAUCUCCAAACAGAGGCACCUGGGUGGCUUAGUCGUUAAGUGUCUGCCUUCAGCUCAGAUCAUGAUCCCAGGGUCCUGAGAUCAAGCCCUGCAUCAGGCUCACCACUCCCAGGAAGGCUGCUUCUCACUCUCCCAUUCCCCCUGCUUGUGUUCCUUCUCUUGCUGUGUCUUUCUUUGUCAAAUAAAUAAAUAAAAUCUUUUAAAAAAUAAAAAUCUCCCAACAAACAAAAGUCCAGGACCCAGUGGCUUCACUGGUGAAUUCUACCAAACACUCAAACAAUACCAAUCCUUUUCAAAUUCUUCAAAAACAACAGCAGCAACAAAAAACAAAUAAAAAAACAGAAGAGAGAACACUUCCAAACUCAUUUCACAAGGCAUUAUCCUGAUAUCAAAACCAAACAAGGAUAUAAGAAAAAAUUACCCUCUAUGAACAUAGAUGCAAAAAUCUUCAACAAAAUAUUAGAAAGCUGAAUUCUAUAAUAAAAGGAUCAUACAUCAUGAUCAAGUGGGGAUCCUAGGAUGCAAGGAUGAUUCAGUAUCCAUCUGCAAGUCACUAUAAAACAUCAAAUUAACAAAUCAUAUGUUCAUCUCAAUGGAUGCAGAUAAAACAUCUGACAAAAUUCUACAUCCAUUUAUGAUAAAACUGUCAACAAACUGGGUAUAGGGGGAACAUAUGUCGACAUAAUAAAGGCCACAGGGGACAAGUCCACAAUUAACAUGAUAAUCUGGGGUGAAAACCUGAAAGCUUUUCCUCUAAGAUCAGAAACAAGACAAGGAUGCCUAUUCUUGCCAGCUUUUUAGUUUUGGAAGUCCUUGUCAGAGCAUAUAAGCAAGAAAAACAAAAGGCAUCCGGAUUGAAAAGGAAGAAGUAAAAGUAUCACUGUUCACAGAUAACAUGGCAUUAUAGAAAACCCUAAAGAUUCCACCAAAAAACCAUUAGAACUAAUCAACAAAUUCAGUAAAGCUGCAAGAUAUAAAAUAUAUAAAAAUCUGUUGUAUUCUAAACACUAAAAAUGAAUUAUCAGAGAAAUUAGAAUACAAUUCCAUUUAUAGUUGCAUCAAAAAGAAUACCUACAUAUAAAUUUAACCAAGGAGAUGAAAGAUCUGUACAUUGAAAGCUGUAAGACACUAGUGAAAAAACUGAAGACAACACAAAUAAAUGGAAGGAUAGUUACUGCUCAUAGAAUGGAAGAAUUAAUAUUAAAAUGUCCAUACUACCCAAAGCAAUCUACAGACUUAAUGUAAUCUCUUUCAAAAUUCCAAUGGCAUUUUUCACAGAACAAAUCCUAAAAUUGGUGUGGAACAACAAAAACCCCAAAGUAAUCUUGAGAAAAAAGCUCAAGGAAUUACACUACUUGAUAUAAAACUCUGUUAAAAAGCUAUAGCAAUCAAAGCAGUACGGUUUUGGCAUAAAAACAGACACAAAGAUCAAUGUAAGAAAACAGCUUAGAAAUAAACUGGCACAUACAUGGUCAAUUAAUUUUUGACAACAGUCAAUUAAUAUGACAACUUAUACAAUGGGGAAAGGACUGUUUCUUCAAUAAAUGGUGCUGGGAAAACUGAACAGUCACAUUUAAAUGAGUGAAUGAAACUGGACCACAAUCUAACAUUAUACACAAAAAAUAAACUCAAUAUGGAUUAAAGACUUGAAUGUAAGAUCAGACCAUAAAACCCCUAAAAGAAGAUAUAGACAAUAAGCUCCUUGACACUGAACUUGAUGAUUUUUUUAACUUUAACAAAAGCAAAAAUAAGUGAAACUACCUCAAACUAAAAAGUUUCUGCACAGGCAAAGAAAACUUAACAAAAUGAAGAAGCAUCCUACUGAAUGGGAGAAAAUAUCUGCAAACCAUUUAUCUGGUAAGGGGUUAAUAUUCAAAAUAUCCAAAGAACUUACACAAUUCAAAAGAAAAAAAAAAAUCUGAUUUAAAGACAGAGAACUGAACAGACAUGUUUCCAAAGAAGACAUACAGAUGGCCAAUAGACACAUGAAAAGGUGCUCAAUCUCACUAAUCAUCAGAGAAAUGCAAAUCAAAACCACAGUUAUCUAUCACCUCAUAUCUAUUAGAAUGACUAUUAUCAAGUGUUGGUGAAAAUGUGGAGACAGAGAACCUUGUGCACUGAUCAUGGGAAUGUAAAUUGGUACAGGCACUAUGGAAAACAGUGUGGAGAUGCAUCCAAAAAUUAAAAAUAGAACUACCAUAUGAUCCACUAAUUCCACUUCUGGAUAUUUAUCCAAAGAAAAUAAAAACACUAAUUCAAAAGCACAUACAUACUCCCAUGCUUGCUGUGACAGUAUUUACAACAGCCAAGACAUGGAAGCUGCUUAAGUGUCCACUGAUGGAUGAAUGGAUAAAGAAAAUGUGGCAUAUACACAGUGGAAUAUUAUUUGGCCAUAAAAAAUCUUGCCAUUUGCAGAAACACAGAUGGACCUUUAUGGUAUUAUACUAAGUGAAAUAAGUCAGACAGAAAAAAAUUUUUUACUGUAUGCUCUCACUUGUAUGUGGAAAUCUAAAAGAAACAAAAAACCCAUAAAAGAGCAAACAAAAGAUGCCAAGCUCCUGAAUAUAAAGAACAGAUUGGUAGUUGUUGUGUGGCAGGAGGGAGAAGAGGGGUAGAGAUAAGGGGGUCAGGUCAAAUGGAACAAAUUUCCAUUUAUAAAAUGAUGUAAUGAAAUAAUGUACAGCAUGGUGAUCCUAUUUAAUAAUAUAUUACAUAUUUGAAAGUAGCUAGGAGAGUGGAUCUUAAAAGUUCUCAUCACAAGAAAAAAAAUUUUUUAACUAUGUAUAGUGAUUGAUGUUGACUUACAGUGAUCAUUUUGCAAUAUAUACAAAUGUCAAGUCAUUGUUAAACACUUGAAACUAAUGUUCCCUUACCUCAAAAACAAAAAACCAAAAAAUUACCUAUAAGAAUUCCAGUGGCCUCUUAUGAGUUUAUGACAAAGCUUGUACCCUAAGAUUCCUCGGCCUUACUCCACAGGAAGAAAGGGGAAGGUCCACUGUUUUCUAUGAAGCUCCAAUACACCUGACUAUUCAGCAUCCUAGUCCUUAGCUGGUCAGAAAAACAAAAGAGAUAGGGGUUGAGAUGGUCCUAUGAGUAUGCACUGUUGAAGGGGCAGCUGAAGGAAAGGCAACCAGGGUAGGCUCAGAGAAAGAAACCCCAAAACAUAGUAGUUCAAACAGUCCAAGGCCUUCACAGAGAGGCAAGCAGCCUCUUGAUACUUCUAGAGCUUGUGAUUAGCAUAGGACAGUGAUUACCUGUAAUAAUGAUCCACUGAAUAUCUGCUAUGAGCCAACACUAUUCUAAAUGGUCCCCAGAAUAUAUUUUCUGUUUUGAAAGUAGGAAAAUGGAUCAAACACUUCAGAUUUUCAAAAUGAUUAAAAUAUGUAAAUCUAAAAAAGAAGAGUAAAUCUCACUUUGACUUUUUGC